AUGCAAUCGUACUGCGCUUUUGCCUUUAGUGUGCCCACGAUGACCAAGGAUUCGCGUUCAGCCCCACUAAGGCAACAACUCUCACAAUAUCCAUCGACUGCGACGUUCCGCACCACAAGCUCACAGUCAAGUACCAACUCUGCGUUCUCACUUCUCAGCCAAGCAGCCAAAAAGGCAGUCAACCCCACCACAACCAACAAGGAUCGAUCUAUCAGCGCGGGACUCGCAGCCAUCUAUGUCGAACAUAGCAAAUUGGCUUCUGCCACGAACCAAAGUCAUACUGACACUCUUGACCACGAUGGCGAGGACAAAUCGGCACCGCACUCACGCAAUCGAAAGAGAGAUAUCAUUCCUAAACUGAUCCGGUCAUUCCUCCCAGAGCCCAAGGUCAAGUCCCAGAUAACAAGUCCCAAGGCGAUCAUUCAUCGCCUCUCCAUCUCCAGCACCAACAGCAACGUUCACAGCAUCACAGCUGGUAGCAGUGAAGACCCCAUCGCGAGUAUUCUCUCCAGCAACCAUGACGAAUCCAAAGCCAGUAUCCAUGGGAAUGCAAGCGGUAUUAAAGAUGUCGAUGCCCUGAACAGCAUCGAGGUUGAGCAUGCAGUCCUCAGCGCCAUCAUCAAGAGCCCCGAUUCCAAUGUUCAACAAUUAGUCCUGUCAGCCAAACCUUGCUUGGAGGCCUUUACGCAAAAUGUCGGCAAGCCUAUUGUGCGUGUCUCGUUGCCGGAUGUUGGUGCCCGUAUCGAUACCACUCCUCAACUCGCUCUGUGCAUUUCCCUGCUUCCCAAAGCCCUCGACAUCGUCGACUAUCAAGACGAGCUUCAGGGCAUGACUCAUAGUACAUCUGCUCACAUUGGCUGGAUCAAGGCGAUGAAGCAGGACACACUCCUGCAAGAUCGAAUCCGCUGGUUAGGGACUCUUAUGGUGGACGAAUUCGCCAAGGACACCUCCAAGGAUUCGACCGAGAUCGCUGAGAUGGUUUUACUUGGCCCCGUUCUGGACAAGGGAACCUACCGUAGGUUGCUGCAAUGCACCAUAACCGCCUUUGAUCAGUCUGUCCUUUUAGAGGUCGAUCUACUCCAAGGUCUAGUCCAGCUGGUCCAAUCCGCCCCCUCAAGAUCCCUCGCCUCUGAUGACUUGAUCAAGAUCCUCAGUAUUCUCAGGAUUCGUCUGAAAGGGACCCACGGACAGUCUCCAGAGUACUCCUACCAUCUCGCCCUUGCUGUCGCGCGGAUCCUGGAUGUCAUGGCGGAACACGAGGUCAAGAAUUUGGAUCGAGUUGUCGAGCAUGAGCCGCUUUCAGGGAUAUUGUCAGGAUUGAAGGGCAGUUCGGACCCCUACCUUAUGUAUCAGGUCUGCUAUGCAUUCCAAGCACUGCAGUAUGUUCCUGAUGACGAGACUCCAUUGGAAGCAGUCCUUCGACACUCUGCAGGGGUUGUGGGUGGAUUGGUCAAGGUGUCGGCCGUAUUUCAGUUGGAUCUGCGUGCUGUUCUCGAGGGACUCGACAAGCUGCAGAAAUCACUCGGAAGCGUCGUCGAUACUGUUGUUACUGUCGUCGAGGGUGUUUGUUCGCUAAUAGAGAGUGGACGGGGCGUUCUGGACAGCCUCAAAGAUGGGCUUGGAACUGGCAAGAAGCGAACGUGGUAUGCUGCCGUCUGUGCUGCCAACGCCCUUGCCCAGGCUGGCCAGCUGAAGGAUCUCAACCAACUCAUAUGCGAAGCACCCUGUCGCGGUGAUCCUUUGUUUCAAUGGGGUACUUGCCAGUUGUUGGGAGAGAUCGCGUCCGACGUCAUCUGGGAUACAUCCGUCCGCCUUCAAGCCAUUGAUCUUCUUGGGGAGCUGUACAGGAACGAUCCACUGUGGACUCAGGAUCCAAGCGUCAAAACAUGGAUGCUGAACAUCAUCGGCCACCUUGGUAUCAUCGAUGACCUGGCCGUCAGAACCCGCGCUCGUGCCACACUCAAGGUGCUGGAGCUGGGCAGCGGCACUAUGUUUGGUCUCCCCUACCCGCUCAGGAAUCGUCUCCCUCUUCCUACGUCGUCACCAACACUGGCGCGGGCUCAAAAGAUCCCCGAUGUAGAGUAUGAUAUUCACCAACUUCAACUCCUGCGACUGGAGAUGAGUCGCCAGUCUGUGUACAUCCCGCCUUUGGCCAAGCCCGGUCUGAAGGCUAAGGAUGACGAUCUCUUCUCUCUGAUGAAGGAGGUGCAGCGGUUUCUUGCCAGUGAGCGCCAAGUAAUGUUGGUGCUGGGCGACUCUGGUUCUGGCAAGUCUACCUUCAACCGCCAUCUAGAAUACCGCCUUUGGACCGAUUACAAGCAAGGUGGUCCCAUUCCUCUCUACAUCAACCUCCCCACCAUCGACCAGCCUGAGCAGGACAUGAUUAAAAAGCAACUGAACUUUUGUCGCUUUUCCGACGACCAAAUCCAGGAACUCAAACAGCAUCGUCAGUUCAUCCUCAUCUGCGAUGGAUACGACGAGAGCCAGCAAAUGGCCAACCUCCACCAAACCAACCAGUUCAAUCAGCCGUGGCAUUGGAACAUCAAGAUGGUCAUCAGUUGCCGGACACAGUUUCUUGGACCCGGCUAUAUCGAUCGCUUCAAGCCUCAGCCGGGCGACCGAUAUGCCUCUACUUCGCAAGAUCUCUUCCAGGAGGCCGUCAUAGCGCCCUUCUCGAAAGACCAGGUCAAGAACUAUAUCGAGCGGUAUGCGCAAGAUCCCGAUACGGCGCUUUUGUUCCGGAAUCGGUCCGUUUGGACCGCGAGAAUGUAUAUGGACAAGCUGGCAGCGAUCCCCCAUGUCAUGGACCUUGUCAAGAACCCUUUCUUGCUCACACUGGCUCUCAAGGCUCUGCCUACGCUAGUUGCGUCAAACAAGGACCUGUCAAACAUUCGCGUCACUCGCGCUGGACUUUACGACAUGUUUGUAGAUCAAUGGCUGAAGAAAAACAAGGAUCGCCUGCAGACAAACACGUUAAGUAGGAACGAAGCGGUGGCGUUCAACGUUUUGGUGGAGGGUGGUUUUAUUGGAUACGGUGUCAAAUACCUCCAGCGACUGUCGGCAGCAAUCUUCGGAGAGCAGGAAGGAAACCCGGUGGUCCAGUAUGUCCAUGCCAAGGACAAGGACACUUGGAAGGCAGAAUUUUUCGGCGCCGAGCCCGAUAUCAAGUUACUCCGCGACUCUUGCCCAUUGACGCGUACCGGCAACCAGUAUCGUUUUGUCCAUCGGUCCGUUCUCGAGUAUUGUUUCUCUUGCGUCAUCUACACCCCGGCCAGGAUGGACGAAGAGUUUGAUUCGCGCCCUGAAAUGAAGUCCUCAGCAUUCCAACCGAUCACUGUUGACAACCCCUUGUUCCGGCGGGACCUCCUCGCAGAUCCAUCUGUUAUCCAGUUCCUAUGCGAUCGAGUCAGGUCGAACCCAGAUUUCGAGCAGCAGCUCCGUUUCGUCAUCAACCAGUCCAAGACCGAUCCCGUUACCACCAUCGCAGCCACCAACGCCAUUACGAUUCUAGUCAGAGCCGGUGUGCCAUUCCACGGAGCUGAUCUCCGAGGCGUCAGGAUUUCCGGUGCCGAUCUCUCAGAUGGCCAGUUCGACCACACUGAUUUUCAGGGAGCUGACUUGCGUAAGGCCGAUCUUUCGAGGAGUUGGUUGCGGCGGGCGAAUUUGAGCGACGCACAGUUGGAAGGAGCUCGAUUUGGGGAGUCACCAUCCCUUACUAUGAAUGGGUACCCGAAAGUCUGCAUGUACUCCCCAGAUGGAAUGCUGUUCGCUGUUGGUAUGACGGAUGGGCUUUUCAACAUUUAUGAGACGACAACCUGGUCAAGUCACCCCCGACCCUACGCUCAUGUGUGCAUUGCUUUUUCACCCGACAGCCAACAAUAUGUAUCGGGAGACAAGGACGGGCGAUUACGAUUGUGGGAUUGCGCCGGUGGCGAGGCAUCGUUGGCCAUGUACGGGCACAUUGGCUCUGUCAACUCUGUGGCGUUUUCACCAUGUGACAAGCGAUUUGCUUCAGCUGGCGACGACAAGAUAGUGCGGAUAUGGAACUCGGUGUCCGGCGACGUUCUCUUUGACUUGGAAGGUCACACUUCGUCUGUGCAGAAUGUCAUGUUUUCACCGGAUGGAGAGCAGCUUGCAACAUACGACUGGGAUGAGACGAUUCGGUGUUGGAAUGUGGAGACAGGAGAGGCUGGCGUUGUUUGGAGUCACCCGUCUAGAGGAGAUCGAACUCUUUGCCUACAUGGCCACUCGGACACCACUACGGGAAUCGCAUUUUCUCCGAACGGCCAAUGGAUCGCUUCCUCCAACAAGGACCACACAGUGAGAUUGUGGGACGUAUCGACCGGUGCACUCUUUUCUAUGUUGACCGGGCACAGGAGCGAGGUGUGGGCUGUCACCUUUUCUCCGGAUGGCCAUCAGAUUGCUUCGGGAGGUUGCGAUUUCAAGGUGCGACUGAGCGAGGUGAGGUCUAGCCAGUCGAUUGUCGAAGUCCAAGGUCGGGUAGAUGAUAUGCGCGGGUUGGUUUACUCUUUCGACGGCAACACCAUCAUCUCACACGGUAGCCGCCAUUCCGUUCGACGGUGGAAUCGGCUCUCUGGAGCAUCGGAACCUGUCGCACUUGACUUUUCGCAACUUCCGGCCAUCAACACUAUGGCAUGUUCUUCGGACGGCAAGCAAAUCGCAACCGGCCACGUAGGUGGUUCUGUCCGGCUAUGGGAUGUCGAGACCGAUGUAGCAGGACCUGCCUUACGAGAGAUUUGGAGUACAGCGGUUGAGUUAGUCUUCUCGCCCUGUUGUCGUUGGCUCACCAUUGCCAGCAAGAACGAGUCUGUUCGACUGUGGGAUCUCCGCAACACCGAGAAGCGAUAUAAUCUUGUUGGUGUGUCUUCAGGUCGUGGCAAUGCAGUCGGUCUCAUGGCAUUCUCGCCAACUGGACUGGAAGUCGCCGUCGGCUUCGAGAAUGGCACUGUUCAAGUCUUUGAGCUUCAAGAAGGUCCGAGCUUGGCAUUCGAGUUACGGAGAAAUUGGGCCUUCAGGUUGCGGAAAGAUCUAAAGUUUUCAGCACUCGCAUUCUCGCCAAACAGCCGUCAUCUUGCAAUUGGCACCAACGACCUAUCAAUCCUUAUCUGGUGUCUGGAGUCGAAGAGCCCUAAGUUCGAGCUGAAGGGACACAAGGCUCGAAUCCGAUGUAUUGCCUACUCAACAUGCGGGCAAUGGCUGGUGUCUGGCGGUGACGACGAGGUGAUACGGCUCUGGCGGCGCGAGGCACCCUACGAGUGGGUGAGUUGGUGGUGUGUGUCUUUGGUCCAAGGGCUCUUCAGUGCCGUUCUAGACCUUGUUUGGAAUCCGGUCAACCCUAUGGAAUUCGCCUCAGCGUGCGAAGAUGGAUCUGUCAGAGUGUGGAGAGUAGAGCCGGGAGCCAGCGGAAGCGUUGCGGUCAAACUGGUCUGGAGCCCCCAUCUGGGGACGCUCUCUGCUGAUUGUUCGAUCCUCAGGAACGCGACUGGCCUGAGCCACAACUACAAGAAGCUCUUGAUCCAGCGUGGUGCUAUCGGUAUCUCUUCCAUUUCCGAGACUUAG